AUGAACCAGUCGUUCCAAGCCCAAGGCGGUGACUCCCUGCUCGCCAUCAAGCUCAUGGUCCAAUGCCGUGAGAUUGGUCGGGAUGUCACUAUCCAGGAUAUUCUUAGGGCGCAGAGCCUCGAUAGAAUCUGCCCACCGGACGAAAUCGAAACUCCUACCAGCGAACUAUCAGAAGAAUCGGAGACUGAUAUCUUUCAGGUGCCCGUGAGCAGUACGGCAACCCUACACGCUGCUAGCGGUUCCUUCGACGUCAAGCUGUUUUCAAUAGCUGGCGGUGUUCGAACAGUCGACAUAAUCGAAACCCUAGAGAGGGUUGCCUUCAGUCACCCAAUCCUCCUUGCCGAUCUCCGCCCCCGACUAACGGCCAAGAUGGAUAUUGCCUUGCGCCGGGUACCGAGUGGAGAUGAAUGGGUAGGCAGCGCAAUCUCGUUGCUCCAGAAGAAUCCGACGGCCACCUUUGCUGCCAUAUCCUUUGUGCUCAAGGAUACCGACCUCGUUCGGUAUAUUUGCUUUGCUGCUAGCAGGGCUAUUGUGGAUGAAGCCUCCUGGAAUGUCCUACUUGGAGAGAUAAUACCCACUGGCACUUCGAAGUCAGCAAACAGUGAUGUUACCCAACAUCCUCAAGUCCAUCCUCGGUACGCGACACACGCAGGCUCUAAGUUGGAGCACGACGCAUUCCUCACUAUUGAUGCUAGUACAAUAAGAGACGGUAAAGAUGUUAUUGUCAUCGACGCGACGGGUCUUGCGCAGGCCAAUCUACCUCAGCCCAACGACAUCCACCUCAUUCACAAAGUUUCUCACUUCCGAAAUCCCACGACGGCUCACGCGACAGCAAUGUUGCGCCAGGGCGGCGAUUGUGUACAAGUACACCUGUGCCUGCCCUCGGAGCUAAUCCAGCCCGGCUAUCUAUCUCAACUUGAACGCUCCAUCCGAUCCAAUACUACCGAGCUUCUGAACAACCUCCGAUCUGGCCCUACCAUCGCCACAAUAAGCGACUUUCCCCACUUAGGAGCCCGCUCGUACGACGAUCUUGACAACUUUGUGAACAAGCAGAUAAGACCUAUCACGCAGGAUCCUGUUACCGACGUACAAGAGGUGUACCCCUGCUCUGCUAUUCAAGAGACCUUUAUCCAAGCCCAGAGCGUGCACCCAGACUUGUAUCAGUGCAUAGCAGUAAUUGAAGUGCGCUCCGGCGAUGGAAUCUCCGAGGUGGAUCUAGCCCGGCUUCAAGAAGCCUGGCAGGGGCUCGUGGAUAGACAUACUUCUCUGCGAACUAUUUUCCUCGAAAGCGUAGUCCGCCCGGGUCAUUUUGACCAAGUCGUCCUACGGCGCUGGACCUCUGAACUAAUUGUCAAACCGGCGCAUCCCGACGAAGACAUCGCGGCGCUGAAGCGCUUUUCGUUCCCUGACUUCUCUCCACCGCACCGGGUGACGGUAUACAAGCAGUCACCCACCUCCGUUAAGAUCAGGCCUAGCUUCUUCCCCGUGACGGAUGCAAAGGCGGAGCGUAAAGCCUAUACUCGACUACAAAGAAGCAUACCCAUCAACACCGAGCUCCUUAGGGCAUUCUGCAUUCUUAGGUCAUAUACCGGCAUGCACGAUGUCAGCUUCUCUUAUGUGAACUCAGGCCGCCAUCUCGCGGUUCAAGGCAUAGAGAGCGCGAUUGGUUGCAAGCUCACGGACGCUUUGAAUCCUUCAGAAUAUGACCUAACGCUCAAUAUCGGCAUCCUUGGAGAUUGUCUUGAGCUUGACCUUUACUUCUGGGAAUCUCGACUCAGCCUUUCUAGCGCAGAUAGUGCGGCAGAGAGCUUUGCAGAGUCCUUCAGCCGCAUUGUGGAAACCGGACACAGCCGGCUAGGAGACAUAGAUAUUACGCCGGCAGGCCAUGUUGACCAGAUCAGACGCUGGAACAGCGUUUUACCUAGCCGGGUGGAAGCGAGGCUCCACGACGAUGUGUGGAAACAGGCUCGCACACGCCCUAGGUCUACUGCUAUACAGGGCUGGGACGGUGACAUGACCUACCGAGAGCUUACGCAGGCGGCCGACAAGCUUGCGGCUUACCUUGUCAGCCUCGGCGUCAAACCCGAGACCAAGAUCCCUCUGUGCUUCGACAAGUCUCGGUGGGCGGUCGUAUCCCAAUUGGCUAUCCUCAAGGCGUCAGGCUGUGUGGUCCCGCUGAGCACAAAGCAGCCGAAGCAGCGCAUCGAGCUUAUCCUCAAGGAUAUCGAGGCUUCCAUUGUGCUAGCAUCCGAAAGUCAUGCCGCUCAGUUCGGCACAACCCCUGACAACUGCGCUUUCAUCAUAUAUACCUCUGGAAGUACUGGUGUGCCAAAGGGUGUCGUUCUCACCCAUGGGAGCUUGGCUACCAGUGUCCAUUAUCUAGGCGCCCAGUUUAGACUGGGACACCACACCCGCACCGUACAAUUUUCGGCGUACACAUUUGAUAUCUCCAUCCAGGACAUAUACACCACUCUUCGCUACGGAGGGUGCCUGUGCAUCAUUUCGGAACAAGACCGACUCGAUAAUUUGGCACCAGCAAUGCGCCGUUACCGCGUCAACUGCGCGGGACUGACGUCCACGGUGGCCGGAACUAUUUCCCCGACAGAGGUUCCGUCGCUGAGGACACUCGUACUGCUUGGCGAGGCAGUGAAGCCCGCUGUUGUUAACAAAUGGGUGCACACCGUCGCUGUUUUCAAUGCAUACGGGCCAUCAGAGUGCUCCAUCCAAGCGAGCUGUCGCCAGCUCACCCCUUCUUGCAAUGCCCUGAAUAUCGGUUACGCAUUUGCCGGCGCGCUCUGGGUGGUAGAUGCCACCAGCUACGAUAGGCUCGUCCCCAUUGGGAGCCCAGGAGAACUUUUGAUCGAGGGCCCCCUGCAGGCCCGGGGAUACCUCAACGAUAAAGCCAAGACGGACGCGGCCUUCAUCGCCAGCCCAGCAUGGACAUCCAAGUUCGAGUUCGACACCCCGAAAAGGCUUUACCGCACAGGAGACUUGGUCCAGCAGAACACAGAUGGCUCGAUAACAUAUAUUGGCCGUCGUGACACGCAAGUCAAGUUCCGCGGCCAGCGUAUUGAGAUUGGCGAGAUUGAGCAUCAUAUUAUCCAACACCCAGCCGUCGCUGAUGCCGCCGUAGCCCUCCCAUCCACCGGCAACUGUAAUGGACGUCUGGUCGGUCUCGUCACUUUGAAGGACUACCUAGCUCCCAGCGCGCGGACGGAAAUCAGGCCAAUCUCGGCAGACAAGAUCGCGUCAACAAGGGCUACACUAGACAGCAUCCGAGAUUCUUUGGCCUCCCGAGUACCGGAACACAUGGUUCCUACCGUGUGGAUUCCGCUCUCGUCCGUGAUGCCGCAGAAUGAAUCGGCGAAGUUAGACCGCAAGACUCUCGGACUAUGGGUAGAUGACGUCGACAAAGAAUUGCUGGAUUAUCUUGCACAGCAGCCCAAGCAACAAGGAAUCACUCGCGCUGCGUCGCCAUCGGAAGCCAAGCUCCAAGAGAUUUGGUCGCAAAUCUUGAAGCUUCCUCCAUCCGAGAUUCCAAUUCUGGGCAAAUCAUUCUUGCACCUUGGUGGUGAUUCCGUCGCUGCGAUGCAAGUGUUACGGCGCCUAUGUCGCCUACUUGAGGAGAUUUCUGCCGAGGCAGCCUUGGACUACUGGAAAGCCCAGCUUCGUGGUGCCGAGCCGUUUUAUCUACCUCAUCUAACCGAGAAUGGUAUGGCUCCAGUCGGGCGCGACAUUCUUUCCACGACACGAGUGCCGCAAAAGCUGGUCACUGUAGAUUUGGAUUUCUAUGAUGAGCUCCGACGAUUCAGCGAACAAGCCGGCGUGACAAUGGCCAACAUCUUCCAGCUGUCUUGGGCGCUCGUGCUCUCCAAAUUCAGCGGGUUGAAUGACGUCCUGUUCGGCCACGUAGCAAGCGGUAGGGACGUUGAUGUUGCCGGCGUGAACGAGAUGGUUGGUCCGCUCAUCAACGUGAUGGUAACUCGGAUCCGCCUUGACAUGGACAAAAAACUACAAGACGCGUUGGAAGAGACACAAGAAUCCUCACUAGACUCCUUGAGCCACCAGAGAGCGUCCCUGCUCGACAUUUCGCAUGCUCUGAACUUGCAGGGCCAGAGUCUUUUCAACACAUCUUUAUCCUACCGCCCUGCUCUGCCAAAGGUCGGCUCCAAGGACGAGAUCGCUUCGCUUGAAUUCAUUACCGGCGAAGACCCAACAGAAUAUGACGUGAUUGUUAACAUCAUGACAUCGGCGGAUAACAUCUCAGUUUGGCUGCAAUACUCGCCGGAUCUUGUGUGUCGCCAAUCCGCCGACGGUCUCGCUGCAUGCCUAGUUCAGACGGUCCGCUCGAUGAUUGGGAACCAAGAACAGCCACUGAGCGCAAUCCAAGUCGUUACCCCUGCGGACAUUGCGCAACUCCUAGCCUGGGACCGGGAAAUUGUAGAGGUAGAGCAACGGGAAUGUGUCCAUCACCUCAUUGAGCAACAGAAUAGAGUCUGCCCAACAGCCCUUGCAGUCCACGCAUGGGAUGGGGAUUUCACUCUUGGGGAGCUCGAAGCCAAGGCCAGCAUCCUUGCUCGGCUUCUCAAGACAGAGUUUGGCGUAGGUCCCGAGAGCUAUGUUGCCAUAUGCAUGGAAAAGUCCAAAUGGGUUGCCGUUGCGCAGUUGGCCAUUCUCAAGGCUGGUGGCGCCGUUGUCCCGCUAAGUCCGAGCCAGCCCGCGCAGCGCCUUGAGAACUUAGUUCGCGACUCUAAUUCCCCAACCAUUUUGACCUCAAGCGAUACUGCGUCCGUCGUGUCUCACAUACGCCGCUGCAUUAACGUGGAUGACGAUCUGUUUUCGAGCCUUCCCAAUACCGAGGGAUACAGCUGCGAGACCGUGCAGCCAGACAAUCCGGCGCUGGUAGUCUACACAUCUGGAAGUACCGGUAUGCCCAAGGGCGUCGUCCUGACGCAUGCCAAUCUCAUGACAAAUUUCCGGACCAUGACCAGACUCCAUGGCUUCGACGCAAACUUGCGAUUUGGCCAAUUCUCAUCUCUGGUCUUUGAUAUCUCGUUUGGAGAAAUUUGGAUGACGAUUGGCUGCGGAGGGUGCGUCUGCAUCAUGUCGGAGGCGGAGAGAAUGAAUGACGUCGGAACGGCGAUGAGAAAAUACCAAGUCAACUGCACUUUCCUAACCCCGUCCGUGGCGUCUUUGCUCGACCUUGACUCGGUCCCAACCUUAAAACGGUUGAUGGUCGGAGGUGAAGCGAUGCAGCCCGCUCUGCUCGCGGAGCUUCUCAGCGUGCCACGCGUUGCGAUCCACAACACUUAUGGACCUACCGAGUGUACCAUUAUCGUGCUCUACAGCAAAAACCACAGAGAUUUGAGCUGCGCGAAUCUCCUCGGCAGACCCCCUGUUGGUGAGCUUUGGAUCGUUGAUGAGCACGGCCAAGUGUGUCCCAUUGGGGCUAUUGGAGAAAUCUGGAUCGGAGGCCCGGUCGUUGCCCGCGGGUAUCUCAACGACCCAGUCAAGACCGACAAGUCAUUUAUCUCCAAUCCACGGUUCUGUGUUGACGUAGGUACAAGAAGCAAGAGAUUCUAUCGCACGGGAGAUAUGGGGCGACAAAAUCGUGCGGGUGAAUUCGUCUUCGUAGGCAGGAAGGACACGCAGAUCAAGAUUCGCGGGCAGCGAGUUGAGGUUCAAGAAAUUGAGAGCAAGAUCCGACAACUCAACCAAGACGUCAAGAGCGCGACGGUACUUGUGAUAACACCCAACAAAGGCAGCAACACUAUCACACUUGUUGCGGCAGUGGAGCUCGAGUCCGCCUCUCGCAGGAACCUUCGCCGGUUCCAACCCGACCUUCCCUUCCUCCUUCUUUCGUCAGAGCUCCAAGACGAAUUUUCCGAGUUGCGAAGCAAGCUACAGGAUAUCCUACCCGCGUAUAUGGUCCCCGGUCUUUAUGUGCCGUACGACAGUGUGCCGUUGAGCAUCUCAGGAAAGACCGAUAGGCUCCUCAUGCGGUCGCAAAUCGAAAGCCUGUCCCCGAGGGUCGAAAUGGAGCUCAUGAUCCAAAUGCUGUGGGCUUCCAUUCUCAAGGCAGAUCGGGACAACAUUGGCAUUGACGACAAUUUCUUCCACUGCGGUGGAGACUCACUCACGGCUAUGAAGCUAGCGUCGAUGGCUUCAAAGUUCAACAUCUUACUUUCCGUUUCUGAUGUCUUUGGAAACCCCAAGUUGGCUGACAUGGCGCGCCGCGCUGAACAGUGCGCGCUGGAUGCUGCCGAUGGCCAAGCAGAGGAUUCGAUCACAACGCCCCUCGGUCUCUUGAAGGAUAUUCACGAAGCUUCAAACACAUCCAAGCUUGUCCCUUCUAUCCCCGCUUUAUCCCCAGAGCGCCAAGCCGAGUUCUCCGAUCUGUGGUGCAGGCUUCAAGAUGUCCUGCCCGCCGACAUGCUUCCAAGCCUCACCAUCCCAGACAGCAAAAUCCCUACUGGGGCAUCAAUCCUCAAGGUGGACCGGGACAACAUUGGCGUCGAAGAUAACUUUUUCCAAUCUGGCGGGGACUCACUGGUCGCCAUGAGGCUUGCCUCCAUGGCCACAAAAUUCCGCGUCUCCCUUUCGGUGUCUGAUAUCUUCGAAUACCCCAAGCUCGCCGAUAUGGCGCUACGCGCCAAGUGGCGUGGGUUAGACCAUGCCGAGGACGCGCCGCGCACACUUCCCGAGAGUGCCUCCAACGAUAUCCAAGACCCCGCAAUCUUGAAGCCUUUGGACGAUAUGGAAUCUGAAGAGCUACGCCGAGCGGCUGCAGAGUGCGGCGUCUCUAGUGCGGAUAUCGAGGAUGUCUACCCUUGCACGCCACUUCAGGAAGGACUCAUGACUCUCACUGCUCUUCAGCCGCUCGCGUAUGUUGGCCGAUGGGCAUACAAACUUCCCCAGUCCAUCGAUCUCGACCGUUUCAGGGACGCAUGGCAGCAGGUGGUUAAGAUCGCACCAAUCCUUCGAACAAGGAUUAUCCUUGGCAACCUCGCCGGGGCUGUACAGGUGGUUAUUCGAGAACCGCGAACGUGGCUGUCUGGCUCAGAUCUCAACCAGUACCUGGAAAACGACCGCGCAACGCACAUGGGCUACGGAUCAUCUCUUUCGCGACUUGCAAUCAUACAAACCGCAGAUAGCGAGCGGUACUUUGUGUUGACAAUCCACCAUAGCACCUACGAUGGAUUUAGCUUGACGAAGAUAUUCCAGUUAGUCGAGCAGGCUUAUAACUCGGAGCCUAUUCCCGCCCUGCCGCAAUUCACCCGCUUCGUCCAGUAUUUACAGGGCGUUGAUCCCGAGGCCACUGCUACUUUCUGGAGGGAUCAUCUAAAUGGGGACCUCGGUCAGCCUUUCCCCGCUCUCCCGGCGUCUUCGUACAAACCGGAAGCAACCCGGACCUUGUUCCACAAGUUUACUCUGGAGCGGGUAAGCGGAGCAUUCACCGUACCAAUCCUUCUCCGCGCAGCAUGGUCUCUCGUUCUCUCGGCAUAUUGCGGAAACGACGUCAUGUUCGCAAUGCCCCAAUCUGGGCGUGCCGCCCCGGUAGAGGGUAUUUUGGAUAUCGCGGCGCCAACCAUUUGCACCGUGCCCGUACGAGUGCACGUCGACAAGGACCAGAGUAUCCUCGACUUUUUGAACGAAGUUAACGGCCAAGCCACCAAAAUGAUGAAGUUCGAGCAUACUGGGCUUCAGUAUAUACGCCGUCUUGUGGACAACAGCAUCGUCAUGAACCACUUAUUUGCAAUCCAAUCAGGCUCUGAGCGCGACGCGUUGUCAAGGCGCCCGCUGGGGCUUGUCGAUAUGGACAUCGCCAUGCCCAACUUUGAAAACUAUGCACUCGUCGUCGAAUGCAUUUUAACCCGCGAUGCCACUCCAGGGAUGUGGUCUGUGGAGAUUGGGGCCAAGUUUGAUGAAAACAUUCUCUCCACCUCGCACGUUGAACGCAUCGCCGAGCGCCUCGGUUACGUGCUUGCACAACUGGACUCGGCCCUGGGGAGCACGGGCGGCGGUCAGGGCAAAGCGAUAGGAGACAUGGAACUUCUAUCUCGAAGUGAAAUCGCCCUGCUACAGAGCUGGCAUCCUUCUGUAGCUCCACCUCCCACCAAACAAGUCCAUGAGCUCAUCGAACAACGUGCCGCCGAUAGGCCGACGCACCAGCCGUCGAGUGUAGGCCAAUUUGUACCCAUGUGCAUUGACAAGUCAAAAUGGGCGGUUGUGGCCAUGAUAGCUGUGAUGAAGUCAGGUGCUGCAAUGGUCCCGGUCAGAGCCGAUGGUCUCGAGCGUCUGUACACAAUACUUGACGAACUCAAUGCCACUACGGCCUUGGCAACACCAAAUAACGCUCCUGUGCUACGGAGCAGGGUUCAACAUGUGGUGGAGAUCGGCGAAGACCUACUCCUUAGAAAGCUUUCUGAACAUUCUGGCCCAAAGGACGUGCUUACCGUAAAGCCAACGGACAUUGCAUAUGUUCUUUAUACCUCCGGUACCACAGGCAAGCCCAAGGGGGUGGUUGUCGAACAUGGCUGCCUUACCACAUCACUUGAGCCCAUGUGUGGGAUGGCUGACCUCGGACCAGAAACACGAGCGUUUCAGUUCUCCGAUUUUACAUUUGACACUUUCCUGUACGACAUAUUCUGCACCCUCCUCUCUGGAGGAUGUGUUUGCGUCCCUUCCGAAGAAGAGCGACUGAAUGACCUCCCGGGUGCAGUAUCAAGGAUGAAGGCAACCCACGCCCUCUUUGUGCCAUCCGUAUUGGCCACUCUUCACCCUUCGGAGUUCCCCAGUCUAGAGUCGCUUGUCCUCGCCGGCGAACUGGUACGAGAAGAGCAUGUAGCUGAAUGGGUUCGUAGGCCCAUACGCGUGUUCAACGGAUACGGUCCCACAGAGGCAUGCAUCCUUACUUGCGGCCACGAAAUCGUGGACAGCAAAGAGUGCGAGGUCAUUGGCAAAUCAUGGUCAGCCACAUGGCUUGAAACAAUGGAUGAAGCUACGUUCGCCAAGAUUAACUGCAUCAGAGCCGGCACUGAGCAGCAGCCCGACACCCCGUUGGAAGAGAAGAUGCAAGCAGUCAUCGCAGAUGUCCUGCACAUCACCGCAUCCAAAGUAGGAAUGAACCACUCGUUCCUAAGCAUCGGAGGUGAUUCAAUCACGGCCAUGCAAGUUGUGUCAAGGCUGAGGGCCCUUCACGGCCUAUCCACCCAUGUACGAGAGGUCUUACAAGCGACCUCCCUCGCUCAACUAGCUGGAAAGCUAUCAACCGUAAAAUCUUCACAGGAUAUCGAAGAAGAAGAGGAUGUAGAUGACGGAUCCUCGUUCGAGCUGUCUCCAAUCCAGCGGUUCCACUUCCAAUCAUUCGCAUCAGCCGGCUUGGACUCCCGGGACGACUUCCGCUUCAACCAGAGUCUUUGUUUAUCCGUGCAAGGCCAAGUAAGCCUGGCUACCAUUACUAACGCCGUGACGGAACUAGUAACGCGCCAUGAAAUGCUACGAGCCCGAUUCCAAAAGUCACAAGAUGGCUACUCGCAGCGUAUUGAGACCAAUAUCGAGGGAUCAUUCCGCAUCUCAGACCAUCUUUUCCCCAGCGUGGACUCUGUUCGGGAGGUCAUCUAUACGGCACAGCGUGAGCUUGACCCGGAACACGGUCCCGUAUUUUCCGCCGAUUGGAUUCAUGUCACCUCUGAAAGCAAGACCUUCCUUUUCCUCGCCGCCCACCAUCUAGUAAUAGACUUGGUCUCCUGGAGAAUAAUCCUCCAAGAGCUCGAAGACUUGGCCAAGACUCCAGCGGCUAAGCCAAGCACGAAGAGCGUCCCAUUCCGAAAGUGGACCCAAUUGCAAAUGCAACACGCUGCCUCGGUCAAGUCGAUAUCUGAAGUUUUACCGCAAGAUUUCGCGACAACUAGCGAUGCGGAGUACUGGGGGAUCGAGCGAUCCGAUAAUUUGUACGGUGUUGGCAUUACGGAGGAGUUCACCAUUUCACGAGAAGUCACGGAUAUCCUCUUUUCCCGCCAUGAGGCGCUCAAAACAGAACCUAUCGAAGCUUUGCUGGCCUGUCUCCUUCAGUCCUUCCACUCGGCCUUCCCAGACAAGCCGAGCCCCGUUAUAUUCAAUGAGGGCCAUGGCAGGGAGCCGUGGGAUGACAAGACGGACCUCUCCGCGACCGUGGGAUGGUUUACUGUCAUGAUGCCAGUUUACGUUCCCGACCACCAUCUGGACAUUGUAGAAGUGCUCAAGAGGGUGAAAGAUGUCCGCCGAAUGAUUCCGGGGGAGGAGUACCCUACUUCGCAGAUUGUCUUCAAUUAUUCCGGGCGCUUCCAGCAGCUUGAGCGCUCAGACAACGUAUUUCAACUGGACACUUCAUUCAACGACCCGGACCUGCUCGGAGUUGGAUCCAAAGUCAAAAGACCCGGCAUUUUCGAUGUGGAAGCUUCUAUGAAUGCUUCUAGUCUGCAAAUCAAGGUCACAUUCAACCAGAAUAUCAAGAAGCGCGCCGAAAUUCGGCAAUGGGUAGAAGCGUACCGCGACUCGCUCGUCAGCCUAGCAGGUCAACUCCCUCAGCUUCCGCGUGCAUUUUCUCGCAUCGACUUGCCCGGUCUCAACGCUACGUACGAAGAUAUUUCCAAGCUAGAAACGGAGACACUCCCGCAGUAUGGCAUUACGGACCUCGACGUGAUUGAGGAUAUCUGGCCCUGCUCACCCAUCCAGCAGGGUAUUCUCCUGAGUCAAUUGCGCGACCCAGAAAAGUAUCACCUCUAUCAGAUAUGCAAAAUCCAGACUCGCCAUGGUGGUGAAGUAGACCUCGAUAAGCUUUCUGGGGCCUGGAACGCUGUUGUUGCGCGACAUCCAAUCAUGCGUGCGCUGUUCGUACAAUCGGUCUCGGCGGCAGGUUUAUGUUACCAGGUCAUCUUGAAGGAGUUCAAGGUUGAACCCCCUCGCCUACAAUGCAGGACCGCAGACGAGGUGCAAUCUACCUUUGCUCGAGACGGUCGGCCACAGUAUAGCAAGACGACAUGUCUCCACGAACUCGCAAUCUGCACGACGGAAUCCAAAGAAAUAUACCUUCGAUUUUCCUUUAGCCACGCCAUUUCAGAUGCUUCGUCAACAGGAAUCCUUGUGCGCGAUCUCCUACAGGCCUAUGACGAUAUUCUCCCGCAUGAACCCGCGCCAUCUUAUGGAUUGCACGUAUCUUACCUACAAAAGACACCAGGAGCUGAAUCACUCAAUUACUGGAUCACGCGCCUCUUGAACGCGGAAUCGUGCUUCUUCCCGGCGGCACUAUCAGCCACAGCAGCCGCUAUCGGAAACAGGGUGGUCAAGUCCGAGCUCGUCAAUAUUGGCCCAAUCCACAGGUUCCGAGACUCGCAUGGUAUCACCAUUGCCAACAUUCUUCAGCUUUCGUGGGCCUACACCCUAUCUCGGUACACGGGCUCGCGCGACGUCAUGUUUGGCUACCUGUCCAACGGAAGGGACACCGGAAUUGAAGGUGUCACCGACAUUGUCGGACCGAUGAUCAACUUGACCCUCCCGCAUCCAGUCCAAGAUGAAUUCUUCAAAUCGCUCCAACACCAAAAAUGCCCCUUGGGUGACAUCCUUCACGCCGUAUCUACCUCCGGCAGGGGCUUGUUCAAUACCGUCGUCUCCUAUACUCGUGAGGCCUCGGAGACGUUCCAUCCCAACGCUAGCCUUCGCGUCUUUGCUAUGGACGGGGAUGAUCCGACAGAGUACGACAUUAGCCUUAGCCUCAUGUCGAGCGACAACAAGGUCCACGUCGCAAUGCGGUAUUCGCCGUCAUUCCUUGAUGACGUGGCUGCCAGAGCUGUUUUGGAUACAUUUGAACACAUCCUCUACUCCCUCUGCAAUGAGGAAAACACCACCCUGGCAAGCUUGCAGACGAUCUCCAGCUCAGAUGCCGCAAGACUUCGCGAGUGGUAUAACUCCCGCCAUAGCUCGUAUGAAGGCACCGUUCAAGACGGCAUCUACCAAAAUUGUCUCAAGACACCGAACGCGCAAGCCAUCCGCGGCUAUCUUGAGGAGCUUGGGGUCAAGGAAGAAAGCCCGGUUGCGUUCUACAUGGAAAAGUCCCUCUGGGCUAUUGUUGCCAUUCUCGCAAUCCAAAAGCUUGGAGCCUUGGUUGUGCCCCUGGGCAUUUCACUUCCUACUCAGCGUCUACGUGUAAUGGUUGGCCAGGUGCAGCCUAUCGCCGUCCUGACGACAGAAAAGAUGUUCGUCAAAGCUGAGGAGUUGGCUGCCACACGACUGUUGAUAGUUCAGGCUUCAUCGGAUUUCUUCCACCAUGCUCUCGACACAUCUCAUUCGAUCCCUCCACGACCAGUUAAGCAAAGAUCGUCAACCGUCGUCGUAUAUACAUCCGGCUCCACCGGCCAACCCAAGGGUGCCCUCCUUACGCAGCACGGCUUGUACACGAUUAUGCGCCGAUACGGUGAAAUCACCGGGAUCAAUGCGGAGACUCGGGCCCUUCAGUUCAGCUCCUUCGUUUUCGACAUCUUCACACUCGACGAAGAACGCCUCGACAUUGCUGGUUUAAUCAAAUCGAUGGAGGCGAUGAAGGUCAACCACGCCAUCUUCACCCCUACCAUGGCCAACCUCUUCGGUCCACAAGACGUGCCGAGCUUGAAAAUCCUAGGGUUAGCAGGUGAAGGAGUCCUUCCGAUCAAUGUUGAGACCUGGAGCCCAUACGCCAGGAUAUUCAAUGUUUACGGGCCUUGCGAAUGCACCGUCUUCACAAAUCUAGGAGGACCGUUGACCAUGGAGCAGCCCACAACCGUCGGCCCCGCGGCCGUAGGCUGCGUGUGGGUCGUCGACCCGGAUGAUCACCACACACUCGUGCCGAUAGGAGCCGUGGGCGAAGCCAUUGCUGAUAGCCCGGCCAUAGGAGCGGGUUACCUCAACAACCCGGAGCUGACCAAAUUGGCUUUCAUCCCGCCCCCAGACUUUGUGUCGUCGUACUGCUUCGGCCCCCAUCAGGUCGCAUACUCUACCGGUCCGGUGACCUGGGAUGGCCAAGUCAAAGUCAGGGGCCAGAGAGUGGAAGUCGAGGAGAUUGAGCAUAACGCGCUCACUGCUUUUACAGCCGCCAAGAGGGCCGCCGCGGUGCACAUCACGCCGCACACUAGAAACUCGACAGACAAGAUGCUGGCUCUCGUCCUCGAAAUACCUGCGCCAUCCGGUGGUGAUUAUGACAAAGAACAGAUUAACACAUCUCUGUCGUUCCUCCCGGUCGACGACGCCAUGGUAUCUUCAUUACUCGCCCUUCAGCAAGCGCUGGAGGAUGCGCUGCCCUCUUACAUGAUACCGGCAAUCUAUGUUCCAAUCAGCGCGAUGCCCAUGACAACGUCCAAUAAAGUCGACCGGCUGAACAUACGAAAAAUGCUCGAGCGAUUAGACGAGGAGAGGAUAUCCGAAUUCGGGUUUACCAAAUCCGAUUCUGAUGAGCCGUUAACAGAGGCCGAGGCGCAGCUCCAGGGCCUAUGGUCCAACGUACUUGCUUCGAGCAAAAGCUUCGAUCCCAACUCCCACUUCUUCCGAUCCGGCGGUGACUCCGUCGUUGCAAUGCGGCUGGUUGCCCUCGCCCGGGAAGCGAUCCCACCGCUGGCCCUAACCGUGGGCGACGUCUUCUCCAACCCCGUGCUUCGAGACAUGGCUCGCGUAAUGAAGAAGGGAGAAGCAGCAUCAACCAAGUUGGAUCUGGAGCCGUUUUCUCUCUGCAAUGCUGGGGGCUCUAGGUUAGAGGCGAGUGAUAUCACUCGCAUUUCUUCUCUAUGCAAUCUAGACCCAGAAGACGUGGAUGACAUCUACCCUUGCACGCCACUCCAGGAAGGUAUGAUGACCAUCACAUCCAGCCAGCAAUCGGCCUACGUCAGCCGGUGGGCCUUCAGUCUCGACGACAGCAUAGAUCUCGCCAAGUUCAAAAAUGCUUGGAAAGUAGUCGUCCAAGAAGCCCCCGCCCUGCGAACCAGGAUUGUCCAGGACGAUACAUUCGGGGCCGUCAGCGUAGUUUCAAGGCGAGAGGCGAACUGGUUGUCCAUCUCUUGCGACCUGGAGUCCUAUCUUAAAGCGGAUUCUGAAGACGCCAUCACCUUUGGUACCCUCUCGUACGGUUUGCCCGAGGCAGAGAAGUACUGGAAAGCGCAGUUCGACGGCCACCUCGCGAUCCCAUUCCCCAAGACUCCGAAACAGCACACGCCUGGCCCCUACCAAAAACUAUCGCGAAGAAUCACCAACCCUAGCACACCUAAAACCGUGACAGUAGCUACCCUUCUCCGCGCCACCUGGGCGCUGAUCCUAUCCAACGAGAUUGGGCACCCCGAUAUCUCAUUCGCCAUGCCCCUCUCCGGCCGCACCUCCAGCCUAUCCUCAAUCCUGGACAUCAUUGGCCCGACGCUCACUACCGUGCCGGUGCGCGUACAAGUAAACCAGGGGUCUAGCAUCUCAGAAUAUCUAGACCUAGUACAGAAGCAAACGGUAGACAUGAUGCCCUACGAACAUACGGGACUUCAAAACAUUCGGCGACUAGCACCCGACUCUUCCCUCAACUUCAAUCACCUCUUCGUCGUCCAGCCAGCCACGGAACGCAUUGGACAAGGUGCCGCCUCAAGCUUCCCGGGCCUAACCCUGCUUCCCCAGGAGACUUCCAACUUUUUCGAAUACCCGCUCAUCGUCGAAUGCAACCUAUUCGAGGGGUCCACCGAAGAUCAUGAGUGUGACAUCGGCUUCUACUUUGACCAGGAAGCUCUUGACGCGUCCCAGGUUGAUACGCUUCUCGAAACCUUUGACUUGAUCCUCGCACAGCUGUGGAAUGCGGCAGCUAGCGACAGCACAGACUCCGAAAGCCCGACCCUGGACUCGAUCGAUUUCAUGCCGCCGUCACAAAUCCAGCAACUCCUUAAAUACGACCGCGAAACAGUGGAUACACCAGUCACAUCCUGCAUCCACGACUUCGUCUACGAGCAGGCCCUGUUCCGACCGUCCGCCCCAGCAGUUUCCUCAUGGGACGGUGACUUCACCUUUGCGCAGCUCGAUGCCAUGGCGUCCACGCUCGCCCAUCACCUCGUCUCCAUGGGUGUUCGCCCGUCUGUUUGCGUCGUGCUCGCCUUUGAAAAAUGCAAGUGGGCCGUUGUGUCUAUGCUGGCGGUUUUCAAGGCCGGAGGAGUGGUGGUGCCUAUUCACUUCAAACACCCCUUGAAUAGAAUUCGUUCGAUUGUGGACGAUACCGAGGCCAGGAUCGUUCUCACAUCCAGGCCUGUCGACGAGUACACGCCAAUCGCACCGCACGUCCUAGGGGUCAAUGACGAGCUGAUGGCGACGCUACCCCAGAAUACGUCUUCCGCUUGCCCGACUGUCCAGACAACGGAUACUGCAUGCAUUUACUUCACAUCGGGUAGCACAGGCAAACCCAAGGGGGUCAUCCUAGCCCAUGAAGGUCUCGUACACUCGUUGAAAGCAAUUGCAGCGGGUGCUCAGCUCAACUCCAAAACGCGGUCUCUGCACUUCUCGACCUACACGUUCGAUAUGAGCCUCAUCGAGAUCUUCCCCACACUCUUCAUGGGCGGCUGUAUCUGCAUCAUCUCCGAAGAAGACCGAAUGAGCAAUUUGACCAAGUCUAUAGUGGAGGCCAACGUCAACGCGCUCUGGCUCACGCCGCUCGUGGCUGGCCUGCUCCGCCCCGAUGAAAUGCCACAAGUCAAAUCCCUGGGACUUGGUGGAGAGCUUGUGAGACGCGACGUCAUUGAACUUUGGGCCUCCCGAGACGAUGUCAUGGUCACCAUCAUGUACGGGCCGGCGGAAGCAUCCAUAUUGUGCAACAUGACACCGCGGCUGAACGCCACGAGUGACCCUGCCAACGUUGGCCCGCAGACCAACGUCGGAAAGCAGUGGGUCGUGGAUCCCUCCAACCACCAUCGACUCAUGCCCACUGGCAGCAUCGGAGAGCUUUUGCUCGAGGGUGUCACCCUAGCCAAGGGAUACCUCGGAGAUCCACAGAGAACCGCCCAGUCGUUUAUUAGCGAUCCUGAAUGGCUCAAGCGCUACAAUUUUGUUCCCGAUUCCGGUCGGCGGUUCUAUUGCACAGGAGAUCUGGUUCGACAGAAUAGGGAUGGCACACUUACCUAUAUCACCCGCGCCGAUGGGGAGAUCAAAAUCAACGGGCAGAGAACCAAUAUUGCCGAAAUCGAGUGCGCUAUUCAAGCCAAGCUGCCACACAUCCAUAACCUCGCGGUCGGAAGGCUUCCCGUUGAGGCUUUGCGCAAUGGUAGAACAGGCAACGCACAGCUCCUUGUUGCGUCGCUCGAGCUUGGCCCAUCAACACCGUUUUCCGACUCCACCGAUGUAGAGGGGCUAUUGCUUCCACUGUCUGACGAUAUGUCUAGCACAUUCGAGAAACUAAGGGAGGACCUCGCCGACAUACUUCCCACAUACAUGGUUCCGACUCUCUAUCUCCCGAUCCGCAAGAUGCCCAUGACAACCGCCGGCAAGUCGGAUCGCCGUACUCUCUGGAACGCGCUGAAAGAGCUAGAUAACCUUGCCGAUUACCUUGGGGAUAACAAGGCCAAGGUCCCUCCGUCUACCCCACGGACGAAUCACGACUUCUUCAAGAUUGGAGGAGACUCCAUUUCCGCCAUGCGCAUCGUAUCAAUGGCUAGGCGGAGUGGAACCCUUUCAAUUUCUGUCGCUGAUAUGAUACGCCAUCCGGUCUUAUCGAAACUGGCAUUGGUUGUCGAUCAGCGAGGCAACGACCAAGUUCAUUCGAUUGAGGAAAAGUAUGAACCCUUCUCAGCAUUUGAAAGCACCAAGACCACCAUUGUCCACUCUCUGGAACCUCUUUUGGACACGUCCGGGACAAUUAUCGAUGCAGCCCCGACAACUGAUUUCCAAGCAUUCUGUGUCAGGGCCACCCUGAGCAAGACGCGUGAUCUCCUCGCAUACGUCAGUCUAGAUGGUAGCGGCGCAUGCGAUAUCUCGCGGUGGAUCCAAGCCUGCCACAGGCUCAUCGAUAGCCACGAGAUCCUACGUACUGCCUAUGUUUCCAUGACAGGACGACUAUUCCAAGUGGUACUCGACGAGUACCGGCCCAAGAUUGAGCAUUAUGAGACCGCUGAGCCGGUUGACCAGUUUUCCGACGAUUUGAUCCGGCGGGAUAUGGACCGAGUUCCGACCCUUGGCCGUCCGUUUACGGAGUUUGCCAUCAUCACAUCGACCACGAGUACGAAGCACCGAGUUCUGUUUCGCGUCAGCCACGGCGAAUAUGACGGCAUUGCACUCUCGUACAUGAUGUCCUCUUUGCAACAGAUCUUCUCCCAGCCAAAUAACCUCGAGCGUACCGCCUUCAUCCCAUACGUAGCCAGUCUUCUCAAGCAGCCCAGAGAACCUAGUCUGGGCUUUUGGCGCGAUAUCCUACAAGACUGCUCGAUGCCCAAACUUGGCGGUAAUCCUUCAGGACACACCUUUUCCGAGAAGGCGGUCGGAUGCUGCGCCAACAUCGUACCUGUCCGUGUUCGAUGGGAUGACUCCUGGACAGUCCGAAACCUCCUCCACCACCUCCAAGAGCAACAGCUGAGUCGUAUACCGCAUGAGCACGUUGGCUUCCGGGAAAUUUUGCGCGACUGUUCUGGUCUUCCCAUGCCACCCUAUUACACCUCACGCAUCAACCAUGUCGACGCCCGGCCGCCACAGUCGCUCCGCCUCGGAGACGGCGAAUAUGACUUCUCCAUCAGGUUUCCGGAUGUGGCGGGGGAUUCGAGCGAUGUUUCCAUCACGUCUUCGUCUGGACCCAGCCAUGUUAAAAUCGUCUUCUCAUGUCUCCAAUCAGUUGUCACCCCCAUUGAGGCAACCGCAUUCCUCGCAGCCCGCGCGACGUCGGGUGCGAGAGAGAUCAAUGGGGUAUUAACCGAUCACAGCGACCAAAGCGAAGCCGUCGAGUUUCAGAAAUUGCAAGUGUUGUCGACAAAAUUACAGAAACUAGCCGUGGACGCUCACGCUUUUGGGGGCAAGGUGCGGUCCGCUCAAGUGGUCUCUCUGGAUCUCCAGACAGCAUUGUCGGCGCAUCUACCUGAGAUUGAUGCUUCCUCUGCUAUCCUAGCAAAGCAGGUAAUGAGAGUGGGGAGAUAUACCCCGCGAGAGGCCAUCAAUCUCGCUACUCUUCUUCAAUACGAGGUCUUCUUGGACGUCAGCACGAGCUUCCUUACACUUAUGAUUCACUUACUUUCAAGAAGCUCCAAGGCAGAUCAGGACCGAAGCCUAAGCCACGAAGAUACCAAGCUGCUUCUCAUAAGAACCGCCACGGCAUGCCAUGAUAUCGCACGAUCAAACGGCAUACUGCGGGUAGAUCAGCCAGUCCAUACCUUGCAAGACGCAUCGGGUUCUAUGCCUCCUGCCUACGAGGAGCUACCUCCUCCAUUCGAAAACUCGCCUACCUAUGUGGAGAGCUCCCCUAGCGAAGCGCCACCAGAGGCUGCACCUGGAUUUCGCGACAGCGAUAGCCACACGCCCUACACCGGCAAGGGGAAAGCCAAGGAAUCGAGCUCGGGAGGGUUUCUAAGCGCUUUCAAGGCCGUCACAGCAGCGUUGCGGACGAAACCAGAACUGUUGGUCGUACCGCUCUGCCAAGCCUCUGCGAACGGCAACGUGCCCCAGGUGAAGGCGCUACUCAACCAAGGAGCGAAUAUCAACGGCCGCAACGAGGAAGGCCAAACACCCUUGAUCUGUACCAUUCUCUCAGGCCAGCUCGACGUCUUGAGGUUCCUUUUGAGCGCUGGCGCUGAUCACGGCAUCUGCGAUUCGGGACGCAAGGGUAAGACGCCACUACUACAUGCUAUCGAGGCUCAGAACCGAGACGCAGCGGAGCUUCUCCUCACACACGGCGUCGACCCCAACCAGGCCGACGAUUGGGGACAGCUGUACUUUGCCUCCUUGGUCCGGGGCGACACGGCGCCGUCGUGGAUCGAGCUGCUUCUUUCGUUUGGAGCUGAUCCGAAUGGCAAGGAUAUGCACGGACGACCUCUCGUGAUCCUCGCAUUGCAAAAACGCGCGAAACAGCCCGACUGCGAGGAAGUCGUCAAAUUACUACUACGCCAUGGCGCGAAGCCCGGCUCAAAAGGCCCUGACGGCACGCCUCUCAUCCACAUUGCCCUGCAGCAGAAGCGCGAGCGACUCGUGUACCGACUCUUAGAGAUAGGUGCCAAUCCCAACGCCAAGGACGUCUCCGGAAUCUCGCUCCUGGCCGUCGCACUCAAGAAAAACGACCGCGCCCUCGCCAAGGCUCUUCUCGAGCGCGGGGCCGAUCCCAACGCUGCCGACAUUUACGGGUCGUACCCAAUCAUCAACGUUUUGUGCGAGAAGCGCCUCGCGCCAGCGGACCGCGAUGCGCUCGCCAGAAUCCUACUCGAGCACGGCGCGCGUGCCGACAGGAAAGACCACUGGGGCGUGACGGCCGUAGAGCAUACCGUAGUUCCUAUUCUAGAAGGCAUAGCACUGCCUCCCUCCAACAGCGAAAAUAUCAGCAUCGUGGAGCUGAUAUUAAGGAAUGGUGGUGACGCAAACCAGUCCUUGUCCAAGGUGGCGGGCGAGCCCACUCUGCUCACCCAUGCUCUCGACCGAUCCGGUUGGGCUAUCGCCGCUGCGGCGCUCCGGUAUGGCGCAAACCCAAAUCUGAUGGAUAAGGAGGGCCGAACGCCAUUGCUCCUGUCUGUGAGAAAGGGCUCCGUGGAGGCGGUGGGGCUAUUGAUCCAGCACGGGGCAAUGGUGAACUACCCUAGGCAGUCGUUGCCUCUUGAUGUGGCCUUGUCGCAAGGGGAUACGGAGAUUGUCAGCUUGCUCAGGUCACAGGGAGCGGUUUCGGCCGCCAAACUACCAGACUCUACGGUGCACUAA